CUGCCUGUCUGCCUGCGGUCUCCGCCUUACGUCACAUCGACAAUCAGUCUAUCGAGGUCGCCGCUGCAGUGUGCUUGGGCGCACGUGAGGUGGCUGGUGUUGAGAGCGCGCCAUGUUUUCGGAGUAUGCAUCCAGAUUCCUAGCACAGUCGCAGUCGAGGCUGUCCAACUUCGGCCAGCCCGACAACAACGAGGCGCCUCCCCGGCAAUCCGACUGGACAUCGCGACCCUCCCGAACCCAACGAGACGCCGGCCGAGGCGCGAACCCCAGUAGAUCAUUUCUAUCUCGUGGCUAUGGCGGGAAUCCUUAUCAACAGAACGGCGGCGGCUCUCGCUUCGGUCAGCUUGCGUUUGCGUCUCGCAUCUCCGCCGCUCAGGAUGCCCCGCUGUUCCAGAGCACCCUAGAUGAGUUUCGGGAGGAGGAUGACGAAGAAGAGAGGGAACGGGAGGCCGCCGACUUGUUUGCCCUGCAGAGGUCCCGUCGCGUGGCUGCUGCAAGCAGAUUGGCCGACAGCGUCGAUUCAGAUGCCCAUAGCCGGGGCUCGCUCGACGACAGCGUUGGCCACGGAGACCAUCCUUAUCAAGAUCGAGGCUUGCGACGCGGCCUCAAAAGCAGUUGGAAUGGAGCCCGAAGUACCCAUCGCCCAGGCGUAGCGAAUGAUACCCUGGUGGAAGAGGUCGAGGACAGUCCUAGAUCGAGCGUUGACCAGAACAGCGAGCGUGGACCAGAUGGAAAGGGCAAGAUGGUGGAUGUUGGGCUCGAGUCACAGGCAGAUCUGGACGAGGAUCCGCCUGCAUCUCUCUUGGGCGAGACCCCGACCGACACCAGCCCUCCCGCCUUCCAGAGGUUCAAGCGCGGCGACACCGGCGAUUCGGAGCGAACACCAUUUAUGGUUCGGAGAGAGUCUACCACAGAAACGGAAAUGAGCGGUGCGCGACGGGAAGACGGCUUAGAUGAUGAGGAACCUAUCCAGACAACGGUGAAUUUCCCCGAAGGUGAAAUCUUUCGACAUGACCCGUUCUUUGCCUGGAUCUUCCUCAUCAGUCUUGCCGGGAUGCUGUCAACUUUCUUUCUCGUCUGGCUACAUACGUCACCGGGAAAGAGCCCUGUUGGUGAUACCAUCUACACCACACUACAAAAGUCAUUUCACAUGCUAGCAGUGGAUACGGUGGUGGCCGUCAUGGUGUCGUUCGUCUGGCUUGCAGCCCUCAGGUCUUUCGUCCGUCCCCUCGUUAGCGUCAUUCUUAUCGCAGUGCCCGUCAUCUUGUUUUCUUUCUCUAUUUACUCCUUUGUCUCCUCUUUCAAAGGUCGGACACACGGGACGAGCCUGCAGGACACCGUCAUGCGAUGGACAGCAAUCAUCCCCGCUGCCGCAUGUGUACUUUGGGUAUGGUUGGUCGUGAGGGGCCGUCGUGCGAUCCAACAAGCGAUUGAGAUCCUGCAGUUCUCCAGCAAGAUUCUGGCUCAGAACUCGGCACUGAUGCUGGUGGGCUUCGGGUGCUUGGCGUUGAUUGUAAUCUGGACCUGGGCUUGGCUCGUCAUGUUCACACGCGUUUUCAUGGGAGGUUACUUCUCCAAGUCACUCGUGCGGUUCGUGAUCCGCUUCUCGAGUUGGUGGUUGGGAGCAGCCUUUAUUUUCUUGUACAUGUGGACCGUUUCCGUCAUCAACGCUGUCCACCGCGGCACCACAGCCGCGACUGUGUCCCAGUGGUACUUUCACCGGAACGCCGGCCCACCGACGCCUUCACGAGAGAUUGUUACAGCUGCGCUUAACCACGCGCUAACAACCAUUUUUGGCAGCAUCUGCGAAUCGACUCUCCUGUCCCUGCUCAUCCGAGCGCCGUUUAUAUUUCUGCCGAGGAGGAUGGGUGCGGCUAUCUCGAAUAUUGCUUCUUUCUGGAUUCCGACGCCUGUCGUGGCCUUGAUGAACCCGCUGACCAUCACAUACUCGGCCAUCCAUUCGCAAAACUUGGCAACCUCGGCCAGAGGGCUGGACCAGAUGGAGCUCGUCUCCCCUAGCAUACCGACCACAACUCUGACUCCACGGGCACUGCGUCUUCGGGGACAGCCCAACGGGCUCCUCCCAUACCGAUUGGCAAAGCUGCUUCUGGUGGCGACUCGGUUGAUUAUGGCCACUGGCCUGGGUUUGGCGGGAUGGGUUAUUACGGCUAAGCAGCUGCGUAUUCAGCUUCCGGACGGCAUGGGAGCGAGGGGUUCGGCGUACGCCUACGUAGUUGGCUUGAUGGCGAGUUUCAUUGGUUAUUCGGUGAUGGGCGCUAUGGAGGGUAUCCUAAGCGGCAUCGUGGAUGCGGUGCUCAUCUGCUACGGCAGUGAGAGGCGCAUGGAGAGAGGGCAUGGGCGGUUCUGCCUCGAGGCCGCAUAUCUGUUCGGGGAACGAAGAGUAGGAGAGGAACGGGAUUACGCAUAGCCUGGGUAUUGAAUGUUUUAAACUGGCGCUUCUGUAUUUUCAUUUCUUGGAUUACCGUGUAGGGAUAGAACUGCGGGGGUGUUCGAUCUGGAUCCGGAAUGAUACGAACCUUCAACCAACUGGCUUUCAUUGGACAACGUGUGGGCGCUGUUCAUCGAGAUAAGUGCAAA